GUAAUCGGAUGACAUACUGCCUUUUCUAGUUUACGGGUAACCGGUUUCACUAACCGGGGUGUUAACCGGAUAUCGAUAGCUAACCGGAAUACUACUGCGGAAGCUUUCCUUUCACACAAUCGCCGCACAAUCACCGCAGCAAACCUGAAAUCCCUUCUACCCAAACACCCUCCUCCCAACCAACAAUGUCGCCUCCUACCUUUCUUCCCCCGGCACUCUGAUUCCUCUGCCGACGACUUCACCACCAGUAUCCAUCCCGGCUACAACUUCCCACAACAUUAUCCUCCCCUCGACCCCCGCGUCUCUGGUCGAUUCCUCUCCUCCUCCUCUUCUUGCCCAACCACCCUUAAUUUCCAACUUCCCCUGCUUCCGGCCGCAAAUAUGAAAACGAUGGUCAUGGAUUCAGAAGUACAAAACAAAAACAUCUAUUCAUUAUAAAAAAGCCAGCAAUAUAUCCAAUGAUUGAAAUCUCCAAAAACAACUUAGCCAAGAAUCCAGAAACCCACACCAAAUAGAAAAAAGCCAUGCAUCACCCAAGAAAGUAUCCCUAUCGAAUUUUACAAGAGCACAAGUUAAACUAAAUUAUAGUCGCCAGAGAAUUGGGCUUGUGGGCUUCCAUCGAACUGUUCCAGUGGCUGCUGUGGUGGAAAGCUUGCACCCAUUGGCGACGGAAGGAAGAACGAAAUAAAGGAGGCGGGAGACGAAGAACGAAUUUUAACAUCCCUACCUCUUCGGCCUCUCUCACCUGGUGGGUCCGCUUCUUGCAGCUCAACCUUCAAUCUUCCUCUCCAAGUUUGCUCACGUGGUCCAAUCCAGAACGUUUGAGCAAAAUUACUGGCGUGAGAACUGAGAAGUCAACUAUUUGAAGGUUGGAUUCUCUUGAUCUCUUCUUAAAUUUAUCAACGGUGAAUAGAUUGGUUUGUCACUUCUUACGCGAGGCUCAAAUGCUAUGUUUUCAUGAAAUAAUUAGGCCAACAACAUUUAUCGUUAAUGCAAAUGAGAGAAAGUUGUAUUCCGAAAGAGAAAUGGAAGGGAGUCAAACAGAGUCAGCAACAGAAGAAAAGUAAUAGAGAACCCGAAUCCUUUGGUAAAUAAAGGCGGCCUGAUGACUGAUGAGUUGAGCAUUUCAUUUCACGUAGAAUUUUUCUUAUAUUUUUUAAGGAGAAUCGGGGCGGCUUUCCUUGCAAUCGUCUGACCAUGACCAUGUCCCCACCCACCCUCCCGUCAACUAUAUCUAUGACCCUCUCGCUCCUUCAAUUCCGACGACCAGAAAAACAAAUAGAAAGAAAUCUCCCCCUUCCCGAAUCCAACCAAUUCCCCAUCUCUUCUUCUCUCCCGUCGGAGCUAUCACUUCACCGGAGCAGACCACAAACAAAGAGAGAGAAAAAUGGACCGAAUGGUGACAGACAUACUUCUCCAAGUCUUCGGGAUCGGCGUCACAGUCUUCAUGUUCCUCUACUCCCACGGCAUCCCCCAGAAGAUCUACGCCAAGCUCCGCCAGCGCGCCCUCGCCGCCGACGCCGAGUCCAAGCGCCAGUUCGUCCGCGGCGCCCAGCUCCUCUCCCAGGCCAGGCGGAGCUCCACCUCCACCACCCGCUCAACCCUAGCCAAGCAAGCGGAGGAGCAAGCCGACAAGGCGAUCGCCUACGACCCGCGAGACGCCGCCGCUCACAUCCUCAAGGGCCUCGCUCUCGAUCUCCAAGGGUUCAAGACCUCCGCCCUCGCCUCCUUCGAUAUCGCGCUGUCUCCGCUGGCGAUCAAGUCGUUGACCGAGGUCGAGCGAGGGGACGCGCUGUACCGCAGGGCGGAGCUCCUGAUGUCGAUUAAGAGCCGCGAGGGGCGAGUCGAAUCGGCGAUUCAGGAUCUGACUCGGGCGGUGGAGAUUUGCGAGGAUAAAGCCAAGGCGUUUAGACUGUUGGGAGAGUGUUACGAGGCGGAGGAGAAGAAGGAAGAGGCGAGGAACGCGUACGAAGAAGCUCUGAAGGUUGAACCGGAGUACCCUGCGGCCCGAGCAGCUUUGGACCGGUUGGGAGAGUAGUAGUAGCAGCAGCAGCAGCAGCUGAACCUGCAGGCUCGGUACUGUCUCUCCUUACCCCGCAAAUUGCUCAUUACAUUACAGCCUUGUGUUUCUUUUUUUUGCUUGGAAUGAACUGUGAGAAAUCACAGGUAUGCUAGUUUUCAUAGGAUCCCAUUUGGGAGUUCCAAGAAAUGGGAAAUUUCGAACCUUUGUGCCUGUAGAGAAUGUGAUAUCAAUCUUCCUAUAUUUGCAUUGAACGUUUAUCCAAUUCCUGUGCUGUAAUGAUUCGAUCUUAACUGGAGUCUCUGGUUGACGAGACCAUUCAUUUCCACCUCCCGACUCGUUGAUUAGCUGCAACGAAUGGUUUACUGCAUUUUUCUGAACCAAUUUGGAGUUUGGUUUGACAAUAUAAGCUAUAGCUAGGUUGACCUGAACCACAAAUUACGCAACUUCGGUGGGGGGUUUAGGCAUCAGAACUGAGACCAAGAUGGUGCAUUGUAUGGCUUGGACUCCUGGCUCCGACACCACCAGAAUGCACCAUAUUUCUCUGUUUGGAGCGGUUAAACCUCCCUAGUUGCCCGCCCACCCCUACAUUCAAUCGUGGAUUGUUUCUCUGUCGCGAGUUGCGACCAGCUCUUUCAUUGAGAUUGGCCAAUUAGGCAAUUUCGGUGGGCGGUUUAGGCACCAUAACUGAGACAAAUAUGGUGCAUUCUGUGGCCAGGACUCCUGGUCACAACAACACCAACAGAAUGCACUGAACGAAUUGGUUUCAGUUUAGAUCUCUACUGCAGUUUCGAGUGGUUAAACCUCCCCAGUUGCCUGCCCACCCUGACAUUCAAUCGUGGAUUGUUUCUCUGUUGCGAGUUGCGACCAGCUCUUUCCUUGAGAUAGACCAACUCUAUUGCACAAAGAUGAUGUUGGGGAUCAACAUGAAUCAACUCUGACAUUGUUUCUUCCUUUCUGAAUCCCUGACUUGCUAUGACUCGAGAUGCUUUCCGGUUGGCCUGUGAGAUUCUGGAUUUACUAAUUAGCCAGUCUGACCGUCUGAGUAACGAAGCCAUAUUUCAGCAAUUCCUUGUUUUCCUAAUGCUGGAAUAAUUACACUUUAAAACUUCGACUAUGCUUGACUGACUUUCCUCUCCACUCCCACACGAUCUUUUGCUGCGACAUUUUCCUGACUUAUUUUGGGGUUAAGUUGACAACAAACAGGAACUAUGAUACAGUUUGUCCAUCCAGUAUUUAUCGAUCCGUGUUGACCCGUGACUAGAAACUUUGACUUGCUCUUUGCCUAUGUUCUUAUAUAGAGCGAGGAGUUAUCCAAACUCCUUAUCCUUGUUUGUGUGCCUGUUCUUCUGCUGCUGCUGCUGGCAAAAACUGCAUUUGAAAUAGAAAGCUCAAAUAUAACGCGAAACCAUGAAGACUGAAGUCAACCAUGUCCAUGCUUUGCUUCUCCUUCUCACAAGUGCAAUCCUGAUCAGCUUGCACGUCCACGGCCUACAAGAACAACACCACCUGCAACUCCAGGAAGAGAAGAAUCCAGGAGCUAACUUUGGUUAAUAUGCAUAAUCUCCCAUGCUUUCUGUUUAUAUUUACAGUAUCUUUGUUUCUUUGUCAUCUAAAGGCAAGUCUGUGUCUGCAGUACUGCAAAGGAUUUGGUCAAGCUCAAGCACCAUCAAACUGACAGUCAAGCUUCUUGAUUACUUCGUGGCGAGAUCCUUACAGUUCAAAUACCUGCCACCUCUGUAUCCUCCGCAGCCUUCGCCAUCCACCUCGCCGUCUAUCCUGUUCUGGUUGGGAUUUUUUCCUGCGAUGGUAGGAACUGGAAAUGCAAGGAUGCAACCAGCAGCAGGCAGCAACUGCGCUGCGUAAGGUUAAAGAAAGUAUGCCUGUGAUUGGGUAGCUCCCUCUAUUUUUCGGUUCAGUUUACGAUACCAGGAACAUGGUAGAUUUUUACUAAAUAGUAAAUACACUACGCGUGCGGAUUGUUUGUUCUUGUCAUAUUAAAUAUUUAUCUCAUAG